UAUCUGAGUUAUCACCAGGUUCAGGGUAAAGUCCAGCUGCUGGGUCAGAUACAAGCCGCACUAACAUUGUCACUAUUUGUUACAACAAAACACCUUCUGAAAAAAAUAAGGCUGUGAAAAGAGACAACAAGGGAACGACGAACAUGGACACAACGUCUUCAUUUAUCAAAUCUGUGACCAAGCGAGUGUGGUCUCCACCACAACGUCCCUUCAGAGUGUGUUGUCAAAACAGGGAGACCAGGAAGGGUAUCACAGCAGGGACCCUGGAGGAGCUGAAAGAGAGGGUAUGCCAGGCCUUGCUGCUGUCCCUGUCUGCCUUGUCUCUGUCUCUGGUCUGUGAGGAGGACGGUACAGAGGUAGACUCCGACGAGUUCCUCAUGACCCUGCCUGACAACACCAUGCUCAUGGCCCUGGAGCCUGGACAGACAUGGAGACCACAGGCGGGUGCAGUUGUGUUCAAAUCUAAAGACCACGACAAGCCUCGGACCGGGAAAGACAUCGCUCGUGUCACCUUUGACCUCUACAGGAUGAACCCAAAGGAUGUGUUUGGUUCCCUGAGUGUGAAGGCCACAUUUCAAGGCCUGUACUCUGUGAGCGCUAACUUCCAGUGUCUGGGGCCCAAGAAAGUCCUCAGAGAAGCCCUGCGUGUAGCCUCCUCCCUCCUAAAUGCUGUUGGACACCUGCUUAUCACGUCCGCCUCCAUGAUCCGCCGCAUCAUCGAAGGCGCUGACCUUUGGCAGCCACAGAGGGCAGAGUACACAGCCAACUGGAACUGAAGGGGCCAAGAGAAAACUGUUCAGCUGUAACAUCUGAAAUCAUUGUCGACUUAAAGGGUUACUAUGGUUUGUUUGUGUCUACGUGACUAAUGGAGACAAGUCGUGAAAGGUCAGGCUGCAAUGCAAUAGUAAUGGGAAACUGUGUACCGUCAAUUUACAUCCACUAAAAGUGCUUUUUUUGCCACUGACAGGCUCAGAUUGUUAUUGUAAGUGUCCGACAACAUUAUGGAAAGGAUCCCUACAGAGAUAGACCUUUUUGUUAAAGAGUAAGAUCCUUUUUGUUUAACCAGAAACAACCCCAAAAUCAGUACCGCCAAACCCACAGACUCCAUUUAAAGCUAUGGUCUACGUUUAGAAAGACGAUGAGAAAGAUUUGAAAAAAGCAUUCCCCCCACACACACACCCCUCCCUCCGUGCUCCAUGAUCCCUCCCUCCGAGCUUGUGUCCCCCUCCCCUCGGAGCCUCCUAACGAAACACGCUGCUGUGACAAUGUGUUAACAUGAUAGCAGUUUUAGCUUACAAUGCUAGAAAUUAGGCUAACGUCUCCGUUGAACAUGUAAACAAGUGUUGACAAUAUUGCAGACAAAAAUGUUUUAACGCCGUCUAACCACACAAAAAAAUAACAGCAGCUUUCACAGUCAUAAGCCAGCAUUGGCAUACAGUUAUCUAUGUCACAACAUCCACAAUAAAAACGAAAUAUUACCUGUUCAACAAAAACUCUGCUGUAUCAGCAUCACUUUUCAGGCUCAGAUCUUGCCGGAGAUUUUGCCAUCGGUCAAAGGAUGACCCAAUGUUUACUCUGCUUUGAGCCCUCAAUUUGUCGCAGUUCCUCUUCGUUUCUGCUUUUUCAGAGGCAGACUUACGC